UGACGCUCUGUCUCCUGGACUCGACGUCCCCUCCCAUCACCUUCGCGCUUCGGCUUCGCCAGCGUGUGGGACUCAAUUCGCCCUUUCAGCUGGGACGCCUGAAUAUCAAAGUACCGGAAUACGCACUUUUAUCCCUUGAGGUUCCCUUAAUUCACAGUUCCCCCGGUUCCCCGAUUGAACGAUUGACCGUAUUUUUUCACCAUGGCCGCCGGAGGCGUGCGCUAUGUGCGCUACAUCAUCGUCGCUUUCUUUAUUCUAACAGUGAUCUACUUCGUCUCGAACUCGGCAGACGUCACGAAUUUAAGAACGCACAUUCCCGACUCGAAGUCCCCAAGCGAGGGUGGCACCAACUCGGGCACGCAGGAUGCCUCACCGAACGAUGCCAAGGUUAAGACUACCUACGACCCUGCGCAGUUUCUCAUGGCGAUGACACCGAACGAUCCCGGCUGGGACGAUCUCACAAGUAUCAAUAAGGGGCCGCGAAUGAAUGCCACGUUCGUGACGCUGGCUCGUAACUCGGACGUCUGGGAGAUUGCCAAAUCGAUCCGACAGGUUGAAGACCGCUUCAACCGGCGGUACAACUACGACUGGGUAUUCCUCAACGAUCAGCCUUUCGACGACACCUUCAAGAAGGUGACAACUUCACUGGUGUCUGGUAAGACGUACUACGGCCUGAUUCCGGAAGAACACUGGUCGUUCCCCGACUGGAUCGACCAGGACAAAGCGGCGAGAGUGCGUAAGGAGAUGAAGGAGAAGGAGAUCAUUUACGGAGAUAGCAUCAGCUACCGCCACAUGUGCCGCUUCGAGUCGGGCUUCUUUUUCCGGCAGGAGCUUAUGAUGAAUUACGACUACUACUGGCGCGUUGAGCCGAGCGUUGAACUCUUCUGCGAUAUCCACUACGAUCCUUUCCGUUUCAUGCAUGAGAACAACAAGAAGUACAGCUUCACCAUCAGUCUGUACGAGUACCCCGAGACCAUCCCGACCCUGUGGGACAGUGUCAAGAAGUUCAUGAAGAACCACCCCGAGCACAUUGCUUCUGGCAACUCAAUGGGCUUCCUGAGCGACGACGGCGGUGAGACCUACAACAGAUGCCAUUUCUGGUCUAACUUUGAGAUCGGCAACCUAAAUUGGCUCCGGUCUAAAGCAUACCUUGACUACUUUGAAAGCUUGGACAAGGACGGAGGCUUCUUCUAUGAGCGAUGGGGAGAUGCGCCCGUGCACUCAAUUGCUGCCGCCCUGAUGUUGCCGAAGGAGGAGAUACACUUCUUCAAUGACAUUGCCUAUUACCACGUCCCAUUCACGCACUGCCCUACGGGCGAAAAUCUGCGGACCGCGCUCAAGUGCCACUGCAAACCAAGCGAUAACUUUGACUGGAAGGGCUAUUCAUGCACUUCCAGAUUCUUCGAGAUAAACAACAUGGAAAAACCUGAGGGCUGGGACAAGGAAGGGAAUUGAUCAGUUGGCAGAUUGGGUUGUUUAGGGGCUCUUUUUUGAUAUUUCACGAGCUGCUGUGGGCAUGUCAUCUCAUUGCAUGUGGUUGAUCGUCUUGGGUUAUACAAUUUGAAGAAGCGGGCCAGAAGCCAACGGUUUGAAGGGUAAAAAGGGCGUCACCGAUGAAGCUGACGGCUGUCGGGGGACCAGGUUGUUGCAA